AUGGACAAGAAAAGCAAAAUGCAAGCAGAGAAGCACCUCACGGGAACGCUGGUCCUCUCCGUCUUCACCGCGGUGCUGGGCUUCUUCCAGUACGGCUACAGCCUGGGCGUCAUCAACGCGCCCCAGAAGGUGAUAGAAGCCCACUACGCGCGCGUGCUGGGCAUCGUCCCCCUGGACAGGCUGGCCACCAACGCCUCCGGGGAGGACGGCCCCAUCCCCAGCACCAUCCCCGGCACCAUCCCCGGCACCGUCCCCGGCACCGUCCCCGGCACCGUCCCCGGCACAGAGGCUUGGGGCAGCACCGAGGGGACGCUCGCGCCCCCCGAGGACCUCGCCGCCUCCCCGCACAUCCUCACCAUGUACUGGUCCCUCUCCGUGUCCGUGUUCGCCAUCGGCGGCAUGGUCUCCUCCUUCACCGUGGGCUGGAUCGGCGACCGGCUGGGGAGGGUGAAGGCCAUGCUGGUGGUGAACGUCCUCUCCAUCGUGGGCAACCUCCUCAUGGGGCUGGCCAAAUUCGGGCCGUCGCACAUCCUCAUCAUCGCCGGGAGAGCGAUCACGGGGCUGUACUGCGGACUCUCCUCCGGCCUCGUGCCCAUGUACGUUAGCGAGGUCUCUCCCACCGCCCUCCGGGGAGCGCUGGGGACGCUGCAUCAGCUGGCGAUCGUCACGGGUAUCCUCAUCAGCCAGGUGCUCGGGCUGGACUUCCUCCUCGGCAACGACGACAUGUGGCCCCUGCUCCUGGGGCUGUCCGGCGUGGCCGCCCUGCUGCAGUUCUUCCUGCUCCUGCUGUGCCCUGAGAGCCCCAGAUACCUUUACAUCAAACUGGGGAAGGUGGAGGAGGCCAAAAAGAGUCUGAAAAGGCUCAGAGGAAACUGUGACCCGAUGAAAGAGAUUGCUGAGAUGGAGAAAGAAAAACAAGAAGCGGCGAGUGAGAAGAAAGUGUCCAUCGGGCAGCUUUUCACCUCCUCGAAGUACCGGCAGGCUGUCAUCGUGGCGCUGAUGGUCCAGAUAUCCCAGCAGUUCUCAGGAAUCAAUGCGAUCUUUUACUACUCCACAAACAUUUUUGAGAGAGCCGGAGUUGACCAACCCGUUUAUGCAACCAUUGGCGUUGGAGUGGUGAACACAGUCUUCACUGUUAUCUCUGUGUUCCUGGUGGAGAAGGCGGGCAGGCGCUCCCUGUUCCUGGCUGGCCUGAUGGGCAUGCUGAUGAGUGCUGUGGCCAUGACGGUUGGACUUGCGCUCCUGAGCCAGUUCGCCUGGAUGAGCUACGUCAGCAUGAUCGCCAUCUUCCUCUUCGUCAUCUUCUUCGAGGUGGGGCCUGGGCCCAUCCCCUGGUUUAUCGUAGCCGAGCUGUUCAGCCAAGGCCCGCGCCCUGCCGCCAUCGCCAUCGCCGGCUUCUGCAACUGGGCCUGCAACUUCAUCGUGGGGAUGUGCUUCCAGUACAUUGCGGACCUGUGUGGACCAUACGUGUUUGUCAUCUUCGCCGUCCUGCUUCUGGUCUUCCUUCUGUUUGCCUUCCUCAAAGUACCUGAGACAAAGGGGAAGUCGUUUGAGGAGAUCGCAGCCGUGUUCCGCCGCAAGAAGCUCCCGGCCAAGUCCAUGACCGAGCUGGAAGAGCUGCGAGGCGGCGAGGUGGCGUAGGCACGGCCACGCAGGCAGGAAGGAGGGACGGAGCCUGGGCUUCCUUCAGGCACAGCGGGAAACGCUGGGCAAAAGUCUCAUUUCACACAAACCUCGCAGGCGGCAGCCCACGGGCACUUCUGACUGCUGCCGCCUGCACCCUCCAGCCACAGGUGCCAACCUGGCGCUUUGCUCUGAAACCAUCGGCGCAGCUGGACUCAGGAAGAGCCGGGGAAAGCACAGGAGGAACAUGUUACACGUGUGUCCCCACGCCCCGCCGCGUGCUGAGGCGAUGGCCUUACUAACUGGGAAAGCACUGCAUCGAGCAGGGCCCUCGCCCGGCUGGAACGAAGGGAAGAGGGGUGGGGUGAUGCUGAAGUGUCAUGCCUUCACCUUUUCUUCUCAUGCUUGCCGCUUCCUCCUGCUCAGUGAGCCGAAGCCUUGAGAAACCACCUGCAAGGCAGCGGUGCUGGCGGCACAGCGCGCUGAGCGCCCACGGUGCUGAGGGACACAGGCCCUGUGGGGCCGGGGCAGCCAUGGCUGCUCUGGGCAGCCUGGGGCUGGGCCUCCCCUCCCUCGCUGCCCUCCUUCCCCACCCUCUGCACCCAUCUUCCUGUCAUAAUGUACGGUGCUCAGGCCAACCGUAACAGCUAAUGGGACCCCGAAGGGUAAAUGGCUCCUGCCCCACUAACUGGGAGGUGCCCCCUGCUUGGCACCACUGGGGUCUCACUGGCUGGCUGUGCUUCACCAAAGACAGCGUGUGAGAGGGAGCUUGCUGUGUUUCUGUAGCCUUGUUCGUGCUCAUUUUGCUUCUGUGUGAGAGAAUUCUAGGUUACAAAAUCAAACUGUGAGGAUUUUCCUUCCUUUUGGGGGGAUAUGUUGGAAUCAGUGUAGAAGCCUGCUCUCUGCUCGAGCUUUUAAGGUUUGCACGUUCCCUGUUGUGAUACCCGGCUACUUCCUAGCAAGCUCUUCAGGACAGACACCCAGUAUUUAUUUAAAGAGAAGGCACCAGCACUGCUGGGUCACCGUGAGCUCACAGCAACUGCGAGUGCCGCAGUGGCCAUGGUGUAACAGAAGAUCAAAGAUGAAGAAAGGCAUGAGAAGAGAUGGGCCAAGGAGGACCACAGCCGGCUGCAGUGGCUUUGGUUUCAGACAAGAAGGUUCAUGGGCCUGAACUUCCUUCCUGUGUAUACCUUGCCCUCUUGGCAUUAAGACCCUAAGGCUAGUUUUGGUUCCUUCUGAGCAACUGGAGUGCGGGCACGAGGUUCCCCUGGCCCAGCAGCUGGCCCUGUGUGCAUACUGGAGCAAGGAGAUUUCACCGGAGGCUUUCCUGGGAUGCCUGCAAUAACAGCAUUUUUCUGUCUGUUACAUAAAGGUGGCAAUGAACAACACCUGUGGCAUCUGUUGGCUUGUGCUGUUGUUUUUUUCCCGUCCUUACAUCCCAGCCGUAUGUCCAGCUCCAGAUGGGA